GACCUCCAAGAGAAGUCAGAGAAAUCUGUUAAGGAAGCUGAAGGACUGAAAUCAGAAAAUACAGAUCUUCAAAGGAAGAUGGAAGAUCUUCAAAGGGAGCUAACUGACUCCAAAGAAAAAACGACGGAACUCAACCAGUCAUUUGAUGAGCUCAGUGAGAUUCGGAGUGCCAUGAAUACACAGAUGGUUCAGUUAGACAAAGAACUGUCAGAAUUCAAAGAGAAAGCAGAGAAAUACAAAGGAGAAAAGGAAAGUUUGGAAUCAGAAGUGGAGGAAUUAGAAAGAAAAUACGGAGAGACAAAGAUCACCAGUGAUUCCUACGAAAAAGAUAUAGAGAACCUGACCAAGAGUCUGGAUAAAGAAAAGUCCGAGAGGAAACAGGAAGUUAAAAGUCUUGAAGAGGCUAAAGAUCUCCUUAUUAGCCAGAAACUGGAAUUGUCCAAUCAAAUUAAAGAUCUUAACCAACAACUAGAACAGGUGAAGUCUAAACAAAAAGAGGAAUUAGAGGCAUCUAGAAACACACAACAGACCUUGCGAGAAGAAAGCACCAAACUGCACACUAAACUGACUGCUGCUGAAGAAGAGCGUGAGGCCAUUCAGAGACAAGCGGAUGAAGAAAGGGCAAAGUUCGAAGUUCAGAUGUCAGUUCUAAAUGAGAACUUGACCACUAUACGAGGAGAUCUUGUGUCCACUCAGACAGCUUACGACGAGGCGAACAAACUCAACGAUCAACUCAGAGGGGAGAAACUAGAAAUGGAGGCCAAAUUAGAAAAUAACAAUGAUGAAAGAAGAAUUUUACUUGAAAGAUGUUUAACAAGUGAAGAAGAAUGUGAAAAAUUGAGACAGAAGUCAACAGAUCUGAAACGUAAACUAGACGAUACUCAGGCGGCUUUACAGGAACUAGGGAGAGAGAACCAGUCUCUACAGAUCACCACUACAAAGGUGAGCAGUAGGAAAUGGGCGGAUGACAACGAUGUCAAAGAGUGUAUGGGAUGUAAUAAGGGAUUCUCUGUCACUGUCAGACGGCAUCAUUGCCGGAACUGCGGAAACAUUUUUUGUAAUGACUGUUCUUCACGAGAGGCCAAAAUUGUGUCGUCCAAAAAACCUCAUCACUGUAGAAACUGUGGAAAUAUAUUCUGUAACGAUUGCUCAUCCAAAGAAGCGAGGCUCGCGCUGGCUAAAAAACCAGUCCGCGUGUGUGAUAACUGUUUCAGGGACAUCACUCGCAAAAAAUGAAGAUAAAAAGAGCAUAUGUCUGUUUUGUAAAUACCCGAGUGACUAUGGAAACAUGAGCAGGGAAAUACAUGGGCUAGAAAAACUGACCACAACUCUAGUGCUGCAAAAUUUUGUUUCCCUUUGACUCUUCAAAAGACAUUACUA